AUGUCUUAUCUUGCUGGUUUUAACAAGAUACAGAACCAAACUUUCUCGGUUAAUAACAAUAGUUUGAACCAAUCCCCCUUAACACAAGAUUCUUCAUCGAUGAACAGCUAUUCAGAUGAUUUUGAUUUCAGAAAUAUAGAAACAUCCUCCUCAGCUCAAACUAGUACCGUGACUUCGAACCAAAAUCACAAUUCCAACAUGCAAAACUACCAUAAAGAACCAAAACUAAGCUCUUUAUCAUUUUAUAAUGGACCCGCAAUGAACAAAGCCGCAGAAAGAGUCCAUGCAAGCAAAUUUAGAAAAUCUUUAGUUAUAUCACCAUCCUUUAAUUCAAUAACUUCAAAUCCAGCUAGUGAUACCGAUUUUGAUGAAUCUCGUUUUAUUGGUGACUCUAAAAUCGAGGAACCUACAAAGAAUAUUGGAAUGGUAAUCAGUCCUAGUAUUAGAGCACUCAGUGAUAUAUUAACAUCUAAAGUCAACAGCAAAACUUCGUUAGUCAAUGAUAAUAACAAUACAAUAAUAGAGGAAGCUGAAGGUGACGAAAAUGAUAAUGAAACUAUCCAAUUCAAGAGUAAUCUAAGGCGUAACUCCUCAUUAAUCGAUGAUAUAUUUUCCCCCGAUGUUCAAAGUACCAAAACUUUUAAAACGAAUAACUCUAAUGAUACUCUACAAAAUCACUUACCUCAAGAUUUAAUUGAUUUAUCGAGCCCAGUUGUUGAUUCCUUUCAAAUUCCUUCAGAACCUCCUCGGUUGCCACAGCAAAAAUCUCAAAUACAAAACUCCCAACAAAGAAAUUUAGAUCCUAAUUACAGUGAUAUGUUUGAAUCUUAUUCCCCCGUUAAAAAGGGUUCUAUUAUUGAAGAGGAGCACCGGUUACACGAUCGGCAUGACAGAGAAAGAUCACAUAAUAGGUUUUCAAUGAUGAGUGACAAUUUCAAUUUCAACCAGUUGCAAUCACCUUCUUUGAAUUUUAACAGCCACGUUGAAUCUAUUGAUAAUAUUAAUCCAUCAAUAACUCAUUCGAUCUCGAAACUUUCAAUUAACGAUGAAUCAUUUCAUGCAAUAGGAUAUGACGACGGAGAUGGGGAUAACUCAGAGUUUAGUUUUCUUCCAAGUAGGACCAAUACUUUGAAUCAGUCUGAAAAAAAUCUAGAGAAUCGAAAUUCAGCAGCAUUUAAAAGUCCGAAUACCUUUACUCAGAGGCACAACCCAAGGAAUUCUAUUAGGAUAGUGGAUGAUACAGAUGAAGAAGAAGAAGAAGAAGAAGAUAUUGGUGACAAAUACAGAGGUAAGGAGGACAAGAUGGAUCAUAAAGAUGGUAAGUCGUCAUUCAGUGAUAAUUUAUCAGGUUCUGCUAACUUGCAUUUUUCAACCGGCGUAACUCCUGUAGUCAUUCCAUCUCCCCAGUUUGAAGAUGAUCUGACACCAAUUAUUCCAGGCACUACUACUUUUGGCGGAGAUAAUACAUCGAAGGUCCCGGUCUCCACGAAGUUUGAAUCCCCUAGAAAAGAGACUCCCACGUUGAAAGACGUGCCUAGUUUAAGUGGAAAUCAUACUAAUGCGUCUCCAUCCAAAAGUCUAUUGAAUUCAUCACCAAUAAGAAAUACAUCACCAACUCUUGAGCAUAUUGAUAAAUCUCCUAGACAAGAAGUUAAAAAGACAUAUAUUAAUUUAUCGCCAGAUACUAAGUUCUCCAAACAAACUAGGGCCGAACAUGUUCAGACCCAACAACUUCACAAAGUGCAACAACAAAGUAAACCGAAAAACAAAUUAACCUUCAAAAGUCUUUUCUCCAAAACUACCUCCACUGAGCAUCUCAUUGUUGGCAAACGAAAAUCUCCUAUUCUUGAAUCGGUUGAGAAAUUUGGACGCCCGAAAUCAAUGGUGUCAGCAAAACAAGAGACACCCCCGGUUGCGAAAGGAGAGAAGAAGGAAAAGUCAAAAAGUUUGUUGUCUGGUUGGAAGAGAAAGAGUUUUGGUUUUUCCAAGACUAACCUUCACGAUGAUCUUGAAAAGAAACCAACAAAAACAAAGGAAAAAUCCAAAACUUCCCAGGGCCCAUUUACUAAAUCUCACAAAAGUACUUCCAGCAUGCCAAUAAUAUCAUCCCCUAAAUCGAAACAACAACAGAAACAGCAGGAAAGGGCGACUGCAGUUUCUCCGCAUAGGCACACAAAAUCAGAAGACUUGUUUGAGAAAAAGCUGCCAGUUUUACCUCCUCCAGAGACAACAAAGCGGGAUCAGGACCAGCAUAAAUCUUUGCUCCAAACAUAUGGUUUUAACAACACGUUAUCGGAACUUAAGGAAUCACCAAUUUUGCAUUCUUCUCCUUCUUUGCACAGUUUCCACGAUCCGGUGCCAUUGAGUCCAACAUGGGAUAGGGUUCCAACUGUUAAAAGAUCGACAAGUGAAAAUACUAUUGAAACUUCAAACUCACCACCUGAUCUAUUAGAGCCUCAAAAAGCAGACAUUAGUUCGUCAUCUCCGGCUCUUUUCAACGUCUCACAUCCAGAGAUGACAAACAAAAAUAACGGCUUCAAUGAUCCUAAAGAUAAUUCUGAACUCGGUAACACAAGUAGUACAUAUGAUGAAUCAACAGAAAAUCCUACCCAAUCCAAUCAUCUGGAGUUCUUCAAGCCUCCACAAGCAUUAGGAAUUACCACAAUGGAAGACUCACCUGUAGCUACUACACCAAGACCGCUAUCUGGAAGUUCAUUUUCUACAUUUACCUCUGAGAAUAAUUUACUUAAAACCCCCCAAUCCUUUGCUUCUCCUGCAAUUUCAGUAGUUGAAUCGUUUGUUGCAAGCCCGAACAGAUAUCACAUUGGUGACGAUAUGUAUCCCAAAAGUUUGGGUAUAAAUGAAAUAGAGUCUAUUGUUAGUUUGGAGCGUUCAAGAUCUAUGAGAUCAAUAAGGUCUGCUGCUAACGCCCAAAAUCCUUUAAAUCACAAAAGUUCUAUUUUAAGUAUGAUUCAGGGACAAGAUGUCGAUGGUUUUAACGAGAUGAGAUUACCUGAUGGAAUGGUUGUUAUUAAGAGCCCAAUGACCGAUCAACAUCACGCAUGGAGCAAACCGCCAAGUCGUACAACUAGUAUUUUGAAGAAGAAUAAUUCGAUAAAAAGCAACAAUCCAACUUCUUUGAAGCAAGUUACUACGGUUGACAAUGACACUAGCUUUGAAGAUGAUGACUUCAAUGAUUUAAUAAACUUGAUUAAUUUCGACGACGACGACGACGAUAUUGAUAUGAACACAGAUUUUAAUAUUAAUACUGAUAUAAAUCUAGAGCUUAGUCCAUUGAAGAGUCAUUACAUGAAUGAACAAAGUAACAUUUCGAACGGUGGUGACCUUCAUGAUUAUUUAGGCAUUGAUACAACUUACAACUCAAUGCGUUUUGAUGAUGAUUUUAAUUUUGAAGAUUCUCCAAUCCGACAAGCUAAGAAAGUCGAGUAUAUCCCCCAAAGGGAAAGCAUUGAUUUGGUGUCUACUGAAGAAGGACAAAAUCAGUUGGCUCCUUUUGGAUUUGAUUCCCCAACUAAAGGUCUAAAAGGCCCAUCAUUCAACAGUACACUAAGCUCUUCUUUGAAACCCGAAACUAGAUCUGCGAUUCUUGAUUCCCUGAAUAAGAAUCUACCUGUGAAUGAUUUUGUGCAUUCUGAAUCUGAAAAUUCGAUUUCUUAUAUUGCCGGCGGCCAACAUUAUGGAGGGUACUUUAGGGAUUCCCCAAACAUAAAACAAGAUAGUCUCCUAGAAUACCAAUACAAGAACCAAAGUAAAAAGCCAAGUGAUGAAGAAUCUCAAAAAUUUGAUUUCAAAUACAACCAAUCGUUUGCACAGCACUUGCCAGUCACAUCUUCAGACGUACUAUCUGCACUGUCAGAAUCACCAUCACCUUCUAGGUUUGCCCUCAACAACCCAUUUUCCGAUUAUACUCAAAGUUAUGAUGAUGAUUAUAGCGAUAGCGUAAAUGUCAAUACAACAGAUAAGGUAAAUAAGAGGAAAUCGUUAAACUUUAUGGGAAAAUUCUCUAACCCAGCAAAUUUAAGUACUUCAUCAUUACCUGUCAUGAAAGACUACGAAAAACCUAAAAAACUAGUACGAAAGAGGAACAAAACAUCAGUAUCGUUUGGUUCUAUGUUUGAAGCACUUGUUCCAACGAGAGAAGAAGAAAAACCCACGUUGAAUGUUAAGUUUUCAUCUAGGAUUUUACUUUAUGAUACUUACGGCGAAGACGAGUAUGACCGUCGUCCAGACGCUGCAACAUGUAACUCAUUAACGCCACAAAUUGCAAUGGAAAUCAGAAACGAGUUAAAUCAAGUCAAGGCAGAAAUGCCUAUUCACGAAGAGUCUCGUUGCUACACGCAUUUCUUUUAA